AGCCCACAGCGGCCUGACGUUACGUCGUUCUUGACGUCGUGGCGAGCUUGUUAGCUCCGCAAGGACCCGGACGCGACCAGGGGAGGCAGAAGGACUCUGCACUUGUCCAAGAGAAGAAUCCAGAGAAAUCAGAGCAGGUCAAAUAGUUCUAAAAGCCAUGGCCCAGGGACUGGUGACAUUCAGGGACGUGGCCAUAGAGUUCUCUCUGGAAGAAUGGAAGUGCCUGGAACCUGCUCAGAGAGACUUGUACAGGGAGGUGACUCUGGAGAACUUUGGUCACUUGGCCUCACUAGGUAAGGAGAUGGUAUCGCCCAGGCCAGACGGAAAGCAAGGCACUGGGGACUACAACCAUGGGGUGCUGUUUCCAUCUCUGCCUAAAUGGGUGAGGAGAGGAAACUGUCACGGGAGACGCUACAAACUACAGCCAUAGAGAGGGGACCAGCCAGCAAUUGCUGUAGCUACUUCCGGAGCUCCUGGGUUAAAGGAGGGAGAGAGAGGGGUAAGAAAUGCCCAGUGCCCUCUCUCCUCCUGUCCGCUGAUCUCCAGCUGAUGCUUUUUGUCUGCCAAAGCUAAUGAGAACCCAGAGGGCAUGGGUAAUGCAGUUCUUACAGUGAGCUGUUGGGAUCCCAGAGCCGGGCACAGAACAAGGCCAGGAGCAUCAAGGAAGAUUGGAGGGGAAGGAGUUGUUCAUGGAGAGUGAUCACCACACAUCUACUCCACAUAAUUCAGGACUACCCUUCUGGAAUUUCUGGUUUCUUCAUUGUGAAUUUCUAGGGACUCUCCAUUUCUAAGCCUGAUGUCGUCUCCUUAUUGGAGCAAGGGAAAGAGCCCUGGAUGAUUGCAAAUGAUGUGACAGGACCAUGGUGCCCAGACUUGGAGUCCAGGUGUGAGAAAUUUCUACAAAAAGAUAUUUUUGAAAUCGGGGCAUUCAACUGGGAGAUAAUGGAAAGCCUUAGGUGCUGUGACCUGGAGGGCUCCGAUUUUAGAGCUGACUGGGAAUGCGAAGGCCAGUUUGAGAGACAAGUCAAUGAAGAGUGCUAUUUUAAGCAAGUGAACGUCGCCUAUGGACAUAUGCCCGCGUUCCAGCAUCACAGGUCUCACACUGGGAGCAGGGAGACUGGUGAGAAACUCAUGGAAUGUCGGGAAUGCGGGAAAGCAUUUAGCCGUGGCUCACACCUUAUUCAACAUCAGAAAACUCACACUGGUGAAAAACCCUUCGGGUGUAAGGAAUGUGGGAAGGCCUUCAGCCGUGCCUCACACCUUGUUCAGCAUCAGAGAAUUCACACAGGUGAGAAACCUUAUGACUGUAAGGACUGUGGGAAGGCCUUCGGUCGUACGUCAGAACUUAUUCUGCAUCAGAGACUUCAUACUGGUGUCAAACCUUAUGAAUGUAAAGAAUGUGGGAAGAGCUUUAGGCAGCAUUCCCAGCUGAUUCUGCAUCAAAGAACUCACACAGGCGAGAAACCCUACGUAUGUAGAGACUGUGGCAAGGCUUUCAUUCGUGGCUCCCAACUCACUGUGCAUCGGAGAAUCCACACGGGCGCCAGACCCUAUGAGUGUAAAGAAUGCGGGAAAGCCUUUAGACAGCAUUCCCAGCUGACCGUCCACCAGCGCAUCCACACUGGUGAGAAACCCUACGAGUGUAAGGAAUGCGGAAAGGGCUUUAUUCACAGCUCAGAAGUUACUCGACAUCAAAGAAUUCAUUCUGGGGAGAAACCCUAUGAGUGUAAGGAAUGUGGGAAGGCCUUUAGACAGCACGCACAGCUCACACGACAUCAGAGAGUCCAUACUGGCGACAGACCCUAUGAAUGUAAGGACUGCGGGAAGGCAUUCAGUCGUAGCUCAUACCUCGUUCAACAUCAAAGAAUUCAUACAGGCGACAAACCCUACGAAUGUAAGGAAUGUGGGAAGGCCUUUAUUCGUGUUUCACAACUGACUCAUCAUCAGCGAAUCCACACUUGCGAGAAACCCUAUGAAUGCAGGGAGUGUGGAAUGGCCUUUAUUCGUAGUUCACAACUUACCGAACAUCAGAGAAUUCAUCCUGGUAUCAAACCUUACGAAUGUAGAGAGUGUGGGCAGGCAUUUAUUCUUGGUUCACAACUCAUCGAACACUACAGAAUUCAUACUGGUUAGAAAGCCUCGAGUGUGAGUGAUACAGAGAAGCCUUUAUGUGGAGUUCACAUCUGGCUCAGUACUAGGUAAUUUUUAAUGUAGUGUAAUUAAUGUCAGAAAACACCUGUCACUUCCAUGAUAGAACAUCAGAAAACUCACACCCAAAGAAAAUUCAAUAAAUGUGGGAAUUCUUUUUGCCUCACUCACUGUUUCCUAAGCAUCAGAUAAUCUAUGCUAAAAAAAAAAAAAAAAAAAAGAAUAUAGAAAAGCUGCUUCUUGUCAUU